CCCGGGCAGCACCAACCUCCCUCUUCGGGCCGCUUCCAACAUCACGGCGAGGAGCUUCCCCACGCCCCCCACUUUCCCACUGCCACGGCCGGUGCCUCCCCAUGGACCCCCCGUGGUCCCGGUCCACGAGGCAUCCACCCAUAUAACCAGAAACAAACAGCCUUCCCGCACACUGUCACACCAGCUCCGGAGUUCCCUUGCCUCCACGGCGCGGCGCGGCCUCCCCCUUCCGCCCCUGUCUCCGUCGCCUCUCCUCUCCCGCCGUCUCCGCCUUACGGGCGCGUACGAGCUCGAAUCGCCGCCGGACGGACCAGGAGCGCUCGCGCGCGGACGCGAGGUCAUGGAGCCCGACGACGAGCGGGGGCGGGCGCCGCAGCGCAAGGGGAUAUCCUACAGCCAGCCGCUCGCGCGGGACGCGGUGGCGCAGGCGGCGUACGCGCGCCACGCCGCGCUCAGCUCGCACAGCCUUGACGACGACCCCAUCGCCUCCGCCUCGGCGCACCGCCACGACCCCGCGCGCAGCGUGUCGUGUCCCCACCAGCUCCCGCCUCACCACCACCACAGCCGCGGCGGCGAGUCCAUGUACUUACACGCCGCCUCCUUCGGCGGCGGCGGCGCGGUGACGCUGGAGCGGGCCGUGGCGACGUCGGAGCACGGGGGCAGGGGUGCGCUGCCGGAGUUCGUUGGCGCGGGCGGGGGCGAGGGCAUCUUCCGCGUGCCGCUGCGCGCGGCCAUGCACCCUGGCCGCCCGCCGGCGCUCGAGGUGCGGCCCCAUCCGCCGCGGGAGACGCAGGUGUGCUCCUUCCUGCGGACGCUCGCGUGCGAGCCGCAGCUUCGCCAGCUGUGGGCGGGGGCCGAGUCCGGGGUUCGGGUGUGGGGCCUCGACGAGCUGUUCGCCGGGAGCGUCGUGGGGGCGCGCCGGGGAGACGAGGAGACCGCGCCGUUCACGGAAUCCGUGCCCGCGCCGCCAGCGCUCUGCGUCGCGGUGGACAGCGCGAACAAGCUCGUGUGGACGGGCCACAAGGAUGGGAGGAUCCGGUCGUGGCGCAUGGACCUCGCCACGGCGCCGGCAGGUGCAGCAGAUGGUGGCGAGAAUGCGCCCAUGUUCAAGGAGGCCCUGUCGUGGCAGGCGCACAGCCGCACCCCGGUGCUCUCCAUGGUUGUCACAUCAUACGGUGAAAUAUGGUCAGGCACCGAAGCAGGUGUUAUAAAGGCAUGGCCCUGGGAUGUCAUUGCUAAGUCCCUCUCACUAACACCAGAAGAAAAAUAUAUGGCUUCUUGUCUGGUCGAAAAUGCGUAUAUUGACCUUAGGAACUAUGUCACAGUUGGUAACAUGUUCUCUUUGCCCACUACUGAUGUGAAACACAUGCUUGCGGACCAUUGUCGAGCGAAAGUUUGGAGUCUAACUAGCAUGACGUUUGCUCUUUGGGAUGCUCGGACAAGGGAGUUGUUAAAAGUAUUUGGCAUGGACGGCCAAGUGGAGUCAGCUCGUCUAGAGCCACUAGUUAUGCCAGAACAAUUUAUAGAGGAAGAAAUCAAGGUAAAACCCACAAAGAAGGAGAAAAACCAAGGCUCUAUCACCUUUUUACAGAAAUCUUGGAAUGCCUUGAUUGGGGCUGGCGGUGCAGUACGCAGAGUUGCAACUAAAGGAACGUUUGUUGAAGAUAACCGUCGAACAGAAACUGUGGCUCAAGCAAUGGAUGGAGCAAUUUGGUCAGGUUGCACAGAUGGCUCGAUUAUUAUGUGGGAUGGAAAUGGGAACUGGCUAAAAGAGUUCAGUUAUCAUAAUUCUUCCGUUCAAUGCAUAAAGGCACUCGGAGAAAAGGUGUGGGUGGGCUAUGCCAGUGGUGCUGUUCAAGUCAUGGAUGUUGAAGGUAACCCUCUGGGAGGAUGGACCGGACAUAGCUGUCCAGUCAUUCAGAUGGCCAUUGGUGGUUCUUACAUCUUUACGCUAGCCCAUCAUGGUGGUAUUCGAGGAUGGCCUCUAACUUCUCCUGGACCUCUGGAUGAUAUUCUGCGGACGGAAUUGGCGAAGAGGGAGUUGUCCUAUACAAGGGUAGAGAACAUUAAGAUGCUGGUUGGAACUUGGAAUGUUGCGCAGGAGAAAGCAUCACCUGAAUCGCUUUGGUCAUGGUUGGGUACUGCAUCAUCUGAUGUUGGAUUGGUGGUGGUUGGCCUGCAAGAGGUUGAGAUGGGUGCUGGAGUUCUUGCCAUGGCUGCGGCUAAAGAAAGUGUAGGACUUGAGGGCAGUGCCAAUGGGCAGUGGUGGAUCGACAAUAUUGGCAAGACACUUGAUGAAGGGAUAUCCUUCCACCGAGUUGGCUCGAGGCAGUUGGCUGGAUUACUUAUUGCUGCAUGGGCAAGGACAGACCUUAAGCCACAUAUUGGUGAUGUUGAUGCUGCUGCGGUGCCAUGUGGCUUUGGACGCGCUAUUGGCAACAAGGGUGGUGUUGGGUUAAAAAUGAGAGUUUACGAUCGCAGGAUAUGUUUUGUGAACAAUCAUUUUGCCGCACAUCUAGAAAAUGUUGCUCGUCGCAAUGCUGACUUUGAUCAUAUUUAUCGGACUAUGAAUUUUAAUAAACCUCAUGGAUCUGCAGGUUUUCCAUUCUCACACCUCCUCUUUUCAAGUAUUCCUUUGCACUACUUUACUGUAUAUGAUGCCUAUAACAUUUUUUCCCUUUCUGCUACAGCUUCUGAUACGUCUGUCCAAUUGCAUAAAGCAGUGAAUGCCAAUGGGAAUCAGCCUGAUGAAGAUAGACCUGAGCUGGCAGAAGCUGAUAUGGUUGUUUUUCUUGGUGAUUUCAACUACCGACUUUACGGUAUCACCUAUGACGAGGCAAGGGAUAUGGUCUCGCAAAGGAGCUUCGAUUGGCUUAGAGAAAGGGAUCAACUUCGAGCAGAAAUGAAGGCAGGAAACGUGUUUCAAGGAAUGCGCGAAGGUUUUAUCAGAUUUCCUCCAACUUACAAAUUCCAAAGACACCAACCGGGUCUUGCAGGGUAUGAUUCGGGUGAGAAGAAGAGAAUACCUGCUUGGUGCGAUAGAAUAGUGUAUCGAGAUAGCUGCUCCGAAACAAUACGCGAAUGCUCAUUAGAGUGUCCUGUUGUUGCUGCAAUUACAUCAUAUGAAGCAUGCAUGGAUGUGACAGAUAGCGAUCAUAAACCAGUGAACUGUAUGUUCAGUGUUGAUCUUGCAAGAGUGAACGAGCUGAUAAGAAGGCAGGAGUAUGGAAAAAUAAUCGAAUCGAAUGAAAAGCUACAUUGUUUGCUUCAAGAAUCCCGUCAUGUUCCAGACACUAUAAUCAGCACAAACAACAUUAUAUUGGAAAACGAAGAAACUGUUGUUCUUCGAAUAACAAAUAACUGUGGAUCAAAAAAGUCUGCUUUUGAAAUCUUGUGUGAAGGCCAGUCGACAAGCAAGCAGGACGGAACAAAAACUGAUUUUAUUCCAAGGGCAUCCUUUGGCCUUCCACAUUGGCUUGAGGUUCAACCGUCCAUUGGUCUCAUCGAGCCUGGAGAAACAAUGGAAGUUAACGUGCAUCACGAGAACUACUACACGCAGGAAGAAUUCGUCGACGGAGUCGUGCAAGGCGGAUGGUGCGAACUGACCAGAGACAAGGAGGCUGUUCUGCUGGUGAAUGUGACAGGCAGCACCUCAACUGAAACCGUUACACACAGGAUCAAUGUCCGACAUUGCUGCGCAGCAAGCUCACCACCCGCACCGGCCAAUGUACUGUCCAUUACCGCCCCGCCCGGUGAUGCUCCGUCGAGUGAAGGCCCCACGGAACGUUCUUCCAGAAAGAGCCAGUCGAAUCAUUUGCAACGUUCCGACGCGCAUUUCGGCGCCUCAGAGGUGCAUGACUUGCACCGUCUGCGGAACAUGUAAGGGUGAGUCUAGUUUCUCCUGCUUGUUUGAUUGAUGUAGCAGUUUUGUAUAGGGGGAGAGGUAAUAGUGUGCUUACCAACAAAAAUCAGGCAGAGGCUGCUCCACUGUUAACGUUGUACAUAUUCCGCAGGCACUCACCAUUCUUCGUGUAACCAAAGAAGAAGUGCAUAGUUACAGAACGUAAUCUGUAGUUAGUGUUUUUUUUGUGUGUGUGUGUGUGUGGAGGAGUGCGUGUGCUGCGGAAGAACUUUCUAUAUAUACAUAAAAGAGUGCAAAGGCAGAUUCUGUGA